UGAGGGAGUGGGUCGCUGUUGUUGCGGUGCCUGACUGCCUCACCUUCCCCCAUCCGCGAGACCAGUGCACAACUGUGUACAUCAUUUUAGCGUAAUGGCAAAUGAAUCUUUUGGAAAUGAGGGAGGUACCGGUUCGAGAAACUCAAGAAAUACAAAUUUCACAUCAUCUGUGGAACUCAGCACGUCCUUAGAUUCAAGUGUUCAGACUCGAAUAUUUAAAAUAAUUGUAAUCGGGGAUUCAAAUGUAGGGAAGACCUGCUUAACCUUCCGCUUCACCGGGGGAAGCUUUCCCGAGAAGACGGAGGCGACAAUCGGUGUGGAUUUCAGGGAGAAAGCAGUGGAAAUAGAGGGCGAAAAAAUUAAGGUUCAGGUGUGGGACACUGCAGGACAGGAGCGCUUCAGAAAGAGCAUGGUAGAACACUACUACCGCAAUGUGCACGCUGUCGUUUUCGUUUACGACGUCACCAAGAUGGCCUCAUUCCAGAACCUGAAGACGUGGAUCCAGGAGUGCAACGGGCACCGUGUCUCACCCACUGUGCCUCGGGUACUGGUGGGUAACAAGUGUGACCUGGUUAGUCAUAUCCAAGUACCCUCCAACACUGCCCUCAAGUUUGCAGAUGCCCACAACAUGCUGCUGUUUGAGACCUCGGCGAAGGAUCCCAAGGAGAGCCAAAAUGUGGACUCCAUUUUCAUGUGCCUGGCAUGUCGGCUGAAAGCCCAGAAGUCCUUGCUGUACAGGGAUGUUGAGAGGGAGGAUGGAAGGGUUAGGCUUUCACAAGAGACAGAUGUUAAUAAGAGUAACUGCCCUUGUUGAGGCUCCUCCAUUCUGCAAUGAUUCCUUAUCUCCUUUUAAUACUGCUGUGACUUGAAUUGAACAAUUUAACAUAAACAACAAAAGGCGAAGAUACUGUUCCAAUGUUAACAUUUCUUGAAAGAAUGUGCCUGCAGUUAUUUCAGUUUUUCUUCUUAAAAAUUAUAAUAGUGUCUGUCUGUCUGUCUCUGUCUGUCUGUCUGUCUGUCUGUCCCUCUCUUGUUUUACUCUCUUUCUUUGAUAUGUUAUCAUUAUCACAUUCUGUAAUAAUGGCCUUAAGUCAAGAGAGGUCAUCCUGUGGUGUUUGUAAAGUAUGUUAAUUUAUUUUGUAUUUGAGUUGUACAUGUCUGUACAUGACUGCUGUCGGUAUUAUCAUGUAUGUACAUGUCUGCUGUCAGUAUUAUUGUUUCAUGCAAUAUACUUGUGUGUAACAUGAUUGUCACAAUCUCACAAAGGGACUUUCAUAAAGACUAUUUGGGCUUCACACUGACGUACUGUAUAUUUGCUCCAAUCAUUUUACAUUUGUUGAGUAUGUUUGUUUUUUAACUAUAUUUUAAGACAUAUCCACUAAUAAUCCUUCAGAUUGAAUUGUCAUAACCAUAAUGCAGAGGAUGGGGAGGCAACGAUGCUAGUUAGCCCAAUACCCUUCCCCCGCCCCAACAGGGGUUUCUCUGGCUUCAGGUCUGCUAUUUCUGCUUUCUGUUUUCUCUCCAUUGAUCAUCAUCAUAUUUCUGAUCGUCAUCAAAACAUCCAAUUUGUGACCGUUUCCUGUCUUUGCCUCAAAAUUAAAUAUUCAACAAAUA